CCCAACCGUUUCAUCAGUUUUUUCCGUCUGAUUUGUGAUUGUGCUUCUAGGACCCGUAUCCUGCUUACUGUCGCCAUUACACAAGGACAUUCGACUAAAACUCCUCAAGUCUCUUAAAACAUGUCGAAGAAUAUUAAAUAACUGUAUAGGCCUAGAGAUCAACAACAGCGUUGGACAAUCAAAAAAAUGGAUUGCAACAGCUAUAGUCCGAACAAGAAGAAACCCUUGGAGAAAAGAUCGUGCACGGAUUGCUUGUGCUUCAUCGGUUUCAGCGUGUUCAUAGUCUGUUGGAUUGUGUUGGCCAACUAUGCUUAUCAGAACUCUGAUCAACAAGUACUCGUGAAUCCGUCGGAUUCUGCUGGUCAGGUAUGCGGUUACAACAAGAAUGUGACCGACAAACCGUUCCUGUUCUUCUUCGACAUUACCGAAUGCACAUCACUGAUGAUUUUCGUCCACGGAUGUCAAACGCCUCAGGUUUGCGUGGACAGGUGUCCGGACGCGGACUGGUCCGUGAAAGAAGUGUUAGAUGGCAAACAGUCGCAGAUCGACUGGCCAGCCGUCCAGAAAUCGCUUAUAUGCGUCUCGCCCGAUCUCAACAAAUUAGUCAACUCAGUGGAAAAGCUGAAAAACUUUACUUCGUCUAACCUGUGUACCAAAUACUAUAUCAAGAGCACAUCGCUGUUGAAUUACUGUGUUCCUACGCUCAGUGACACCGAAAGUUUGAAGGCCUUCAUGAAGACCAACAAUAUCGUACUGAGCAACGUGAUCGACGGCACCACUAUGGUCGAGUGGUUGAAAGAUUCGAAAGAAAACAGCAAACUGAUAGCCGACGAUCUGAUCAAUAAUUACCGGUACAUUAUCGGUGGUCUGCUCAUCGCCAUACUGUUCAGUCUCACCUAUAUUCUUCUAUUGAGAUGGUUCAGCUGGAUAAUGAUCUGGCUGUCGUUGCUGGCUAUCGUGGGUUUGUUGGGUUUCGGUAGUUACGAGUCGUACACGAGGUACGUCUCGUUCGACAGCGACGCGGAUUCAUCGACGACGGGCGGUGAGGAUGAGAUUCCGACGGACCUUUUGACCGGCGGCCGGCAAAGCUGGACCAACUACGUGAACGAGAAACUGAACACAAAGUCCACCUGGUUGGUGUUUACGGUCGUGUCGUCCAUUGCAUUCGUCGUGUUGCUUUUGAUAAUCGUGUUCCUGCGCAAGCGCAUACGGCUGUCCAUAGCGCUCAUCGUCGAGGGAAGUCGAGCCAUUCUCGAGAUCAAAACGUCGCUGGUGUUCCCGUUGUUCCAGUGGGUGCUGUACCUGGCGGUGCUCAUGUGGUUUUUCGGCGUCGCUAUUUAUCUGUCGUCAAUGAAGUUGUACGUGUUCAAAGUCAAAGGUCUCGUCAACGACCUCGAUUGCGUUUGCAACAACAGUUACUACAAGGACGGCGACUGGUGUACCGAGUCGAAAUGGGAACGGUACUGCAUGAACAAUAAGACAAAGUCCAUGUGCAAGGUGGCCAAGUGUGCGUUCGACCACAGGAUGUCGCAGGAUUUCAUCACAGGGCUUCAGCUGUUUAACGUUUUUGGCAUGUUCUGGCUAAUGAACUUCGUGUCGGCCUUCUCUCAGAUGGUACUGGCUAUCACGUUCGCCUCGUGGUACUGGACGUUCCAAAAAAAGGACGUGCCGUUCUUCUCGCUCACAAAAUCUGUCUACAAAACACUUAGGUAUCACUUGGGGACGGUGGCUUACGGGUCGCUGAUCAUCGCCAUCUGCAACUUCGUGCGCGCGAUACUCGAGUGGGCGGAGACCAAGCUGAAGAAGUACGACAAUGCGUUCACCCGGGCCGUGUUCACGUGCAUGCGGUGCUUUUUUUGGCUGCUGAACAAGUUCCUACGGUUCGUCAAUCGUAACGCGUACAUCAUGUGCGCCAUGUACGGAAAGAACUUUUGCACGUCAGCCAAACAAGCGUUCGAUCUGUUGCUGAGGAACGUGCUGCGCGUCGUGGUCGUGGACAAGGUGACGGACUUCAUAUUUUUCGUCGGAAAGAUCAUCAUUACCGGUGCCACCAUAACAGCGUUCUAUUUCGAGUUCUACGAACCAUUGGAGCCGGUCAAGCAGUUCGCGUUCGUCGAUAAGCCGCCCGUCCUCAACUACAAGUGGCUGCCCAUGAUCGUUGUCGCGGUCGGCUCUUGGGUGAUAUCGUCCACGUUCUUCCACGUGUACUCGAUCGCCGUCGACACGUUGUUCCUGUGCUUUUUGGAGGACUCCGAACGUAAUGAUGGCUCGUCAGACCGGCCGUAUUUCAUGUCGCAAAGGCUCAUGAACAUAUUGGGAACGAGGAACGUACAAUCGUUGUCGUUGCAUUAAACCUACACAAAAAAAUACAACGACGAACAGUUCACCGCAGUCCUAUGUCCAGCAUAUUAUUCGUCACGCGCAUGUGAUGCAUGACAAAUCCCUAUCUUUUGACGAUGAUGCCAAUGUGUUCAUAAAAAUUACAAAAAUAUUCACCCACAUACCUAUUUUAAAUUUUUUUUUCUUUUUUUUUUACUUUAUUAUUUUUAGAUGUGAGUAUUGUUCGUGUACACGAGCCUAUAUAUUAUUUACAUACCUUAUUAUAUUUUGUACAAGUCGUUUUGUGAUAAACUACCUGUGAACAAUAUUAUAUUAUUAUAUUAUAAAAUUAAUACGAUGAGCUUAAUAUUUAUAUAC